AUGGCUACAGCAGCACCAGCAGCACCGGCAGCGACACAGGGGCAGGCGGGCGGGCACAAGCGCGCGUUCCAGGGCAGCGAGAAGCCCAUGGAGGUCCGCCUGAGCAACUUGACGGCCGCGAAAGCUGUCGCGGAUGCCGUACGGACUUCUUUGGGACCCCGAGGAAUGGACAAGAUGAUCCAGACGGCGCAGGGAGAGGUUGUCAUCACGAACGACGGCGCAACCAUCCUCAAGCACAUGAGUGUCCUGCACCCGGCUGCGCGCAUGCUCGUCGACCUCUCGGCAGCGCAGGACAUUGAGGCGGGAGACGGCACGACUUCGGUCGUCGUUCUCGCGGGUUCGCUUCUCGGUGCGGCGGAGAAGCUGCUCGGCAAGGGCAUCCACCCGACCGUCAUCGCCGAGUCGUUCGCGCGGGCGGCGGCAAAGGUGGUCGAGUACCUGGAGGACAUGGCGACGCCCGUCAACUUGAACGAACGGGAUAACCUCCUCCGUGCCGCUACCACCAGUCUCUCUUCCAAGAUCGUCUCGCAAUACUCCUCCAUCCUCGCUCCCAUCGCCGUCGACUCUGUCCUCCGCCUCGUCACCCCCGAAUCCGACAACGUCGACCUGCGCGACAUCCGCCUCGUCAAGAAGGUCGGUGGCACCAUUGACGACACCGAGCUGAUGGACGGCGUGCUCCUGAACCAGAAUGUCAUCACCUCUGCCGGCGGCCCGACUCGCAUCGAAAAGGCCAAGAUCGGGAUCAUCCAGUUCCAGCUCUCGCCUCCCAAGCCUGACAUGGACAACCAGAUCGUCGUCAACGACUACCGCCAGAUGGACAAGAUCCUCAAGGAGGAGCGACUUUACAUCCUCAACCUGUGCAAGGCGAUCAAGAAGUCGGGCUGCAACGUCCUUCUCAUCCAAAAGUCGAUUCUCCGCGACGCGGUCAACGAGCUCGCCCUCGCGUACCUCCAGAAGCUCAAGAUCAUGGCGAUCAAGGACGUCGAGCGCGACGAGAUCGAGUUCCUCUCGCGCGCAUUCGGGUGCAAGCCGAUCUCGGACGUCGAGCAGAUGACGAGCGACAAGCUCGGCGAGGCGGAUCUCGUCGAGGAGACGAGCAAGAACGGCGCCAAGUUCGUCAAAGUCUCGGGCAUCAAGAACCCGAGCGGCAAGACGGUUUCGGUCUUGUGCACAGGCGCAAACCAGCUCGUCCUGGAGGAGUCGGAGCGGAGUCUGCACGACGCGCUUUGCGUUGUUCGUUGCUUGGUCAAGAAGAGGUUCCUCAUCUGCGGCGGUGGUGCACCCGAGAUCGAGGCGUCUCGCCUGCUCGGCCAGCACGCGCAAACGCUCAAGGGAAUGGAGGCGUACUGCUUCGCCGCAUACGCCGAGGCGCUCGAGGUCGUCCCGACAACGCUCGCCGAGAACGCCGGACUGAACCCGAUCGCGAUGGUCACCGAAUUGCGGAACCGGCAUGCGAACGGCGAGAAGACGGCGGGAAUCAACGUGCGCAAAGGCGUAAUCUCGAACAUCGUCGACGAGAGCGUCUUGCAGCCUUUGCUGGUCAACACGAGCGCAAUCCAGCUGGCGAGCGAGACGGUCGGCCUGCUUCUCCGUAUUGACGACUACGCCAUGACGAGGUAA